GCGCCGAGCUUGCCUCACUCCUAUGGGGUUUCUCUUUUCUGGUACCUCCCUUCCUGCAGCCCAACUGCUGGGGAUGCUCCAAGGUUCGGAUGCUUUGGCUCAGCGCUGGCGCAAUGAGAACUAUGAGAGGCCAGUGGACCUGGAGGGCUCCGGGGAUGAUGAUCCCUUCGGGGAUGAGGAACUGGAUGACAUCUACUCAGGCUCCGGCUCAGGCUAUUUUGAGCAGGAGUCGGGGUUGGAGACAGCAGUCAGCCUCACCACGGACACAUCCAUCCCUCUGCCCACCACGGUGGCCAUGCUGCCCGUCACCUUGGUGCAGCCCAUGGCAACUCCCUUUGAGCUGUUCCCCACAGAGGACACGUCCCCUGAGCAAACAACCAGCGUCUUGUAUAUCCCCAAGAUAACAGAAACACCAGUGAUCCCCAGCUGGAAAACGACCACCACCAGUCCCACUGCCAGUGACUCUCCCAGCACCACAGCCACCACCACCACGGCUGCCACCACCACCACAACCACCACCACCAUCAGCACCACCGUGGCCAACGCCAAGCCCACCACAACCCAGAGGUUCCUGCCUCCCUUUGUCACCAAGGCAGCCACCACCCAGGCCACUACCCUGGAGACGCCCACCACCUCCAUCCCCGAAACCAGUGUGCCGACAGAGGUGACCACAUCACGGCUUGUCCCCUCAAGCACGGCCAAGCCGAGAUCCCUGCCAAAGCCAACCACCUCCAGGACUGCAGAACCCAUGGAAAAAAGCACUGCCUUGCCUUCCAGUCCCACCACGCUGCCACCCACAGAAGCCCCCCAGGUGGAGCCAGGGGAGUUGACGACGGUCCUCGACAGUGACCUGGAAGUCCCAACCAGUAAUGGCCCCAGCGGGGACUUCGAGAUCCAGGAGGAGGAGGAAACAACUCGUCCUGAGCUGAGCAAUGAGGUGGUGGCAGUGGUGACACCACCAGCAGCACCAGGGCUGGGCAAGAAUGCAGAGCCGGGGCUCAUUGACAACACGAUAGAGUCGGGCAGCUCAGCUGCUCAGCUCCCCCAGAAGAACAUCCUGGAGAGGAAGGAAGUGUUGAUAGCUGUGAUCGUCGGUGGUGUGGUGGGAGCCCUCUUUGCUGCCUUCCUUGUCAUGCUGCUCAUCUACCGGAUGAAGAAGAAGGACGAGGGCAGCUAUACAUUGGAGGAACCCAAACAAGCCAACGUGACCUACCAGAAGCCGGACAAGCAGGAGGAGUUCUACGCGUAGGACAAGAGCCUGGCAUGCCUCACCUCCCUGCUCCUGCUCCAAACUCUCCCUCCUCUCCUCCAUCCCGUCUCUUUAUCUUUCUUCUCUUUUGGAUCAGACUGUGAAUUUAAAAAGCAAAAAAAAACAAACAAAAAAACACAAAAGGAGAAACCGUACCUUUGGCACGAGGAGAUGCCAUGUUGCGGAUGGCGGAUGGAGCUCACGGGGCUUUUCCCACCUCCUGGUGGACUCUGGGAUCCGGACACCUUGUACCAGCCCUAGGGUUUGGAUUUAUCUUUUUUUUUUUUUUUUUUUUUUUUCCUUUUGGAAAAAAAGGGGGUUUUUUUUUUCUCUUUCUUUUUUUUUUUUUUUUCCUCGUUUUUAUUUUUUUAAUGGAGCUGGUUACUUUGCGGGAAUUCCUUUUUGCUCCUAGCUUCUGUUUGAAAAGAGGAUGUAACUCUCAGAUAUGCUUUGAACCUUGAAAAAGCACAAGGGGCUGGAAUACCUUGUGCCCUGGGAUUUGCUCUUGGAAUGAGGGAACAAAACCAAACAAAACCACGGCCUUCCCAUCUGGAGAAUUCAUGGAGCACCAACAAGCCGUGUUUGGGUUCCUCAUGUGGAUCCACUCUGGCCACCAGCACCCUUUGCUGCAUUGCUGUGCACAGCCAGGGACCCGAUGUCCCUAGAACCCAUGUGGUGUUGGCGUGGUGUGGAGCAGGGCCUGUGCUUUCGCUGGGUUUUCACUGUGACCAAUAAAGCUCAGCUUGCGCAGCC